ACACUUGACGUGUUGGCGCAAAUUUAUAUCAGACGCUAUCAGACGUUUGAUUCUGUGGUUUGACUUCAGACGGAUUUUGUUUUUAUGUUUUAAUCCGAUUAUUUUCGUGGAGAUAGUUUAGUAUUCAUAUAACAAAAAAUAUAUUAAUUUUAUAAAAGUGCGAAAAUUUUGAAUGUAAAAUAACGCUCUGUAAGAUCAACGUAAAAAAGAUGCCCCAUUGGAUUAAAAUUAACUGCCUGCAGAAGCAGCUGCAGCUGAAAACUACGCUCACCGGAGGGCAGAGCUUCCGCUGGCACCAGUUGGAACCCACCAUAGACGAAUUCAUUGGAGUGUUUGCGAACUGCGUUUGGAUCCUGAAGCAAAAUGACACGGAGCUGCUGUACAGAGUCGUCGGCGAGCUUCCGUAUCCCAGUGCAAAUGAUAAGGACCAAGUUUCUUCUGCUGCUGCCAAGAAACCACGACGAGUCACCGCCGCAACCAAAGAAGUAAAUCUUGCCGAAAUACGUCUCAAAGUACCGGAACCGGAUCAGUACGCAGGCGGCGGGGCAAGCUUGCUCUAUCCGCAGAGUUAUUACGAAAGGUUGCUUCGGGUGUAUUUCCGGUUGGACGAAGAUCUAGAGCGGUGCUAUCAACAGUGGAACAAGUGCCACGUCCACUUCGAAAACAGCGCCGAUCAGUUCUAUGCCGUCCGGCAGCUCGAUCAGGAUCCGGUCGAGAAUCUGUUUUCCUUCAUUUGCAGCCAGAACAAUAACAUCUCCAGAAUUUCCGGUCUGGUAGAGAAAAUAUGCACUCACUACGGAGAGAGAAUCUGCGAAUACAAUGGAACCACUUUCUACAACUUCCCUGAUGCAGGCAAACUAGCUUCACCGCAAGUGGAACAACAUUUGCGACAGCUGAGCUUCGGCUAUCGUGCCAAAUACAUCCAAAAAUCAGCCGAAGAAAUACUGGCCAAAGGUGAUCUCGAAUGGUUUCGAAAACUGCAGCAGAUGGACUACAAGGAAGCGCACCGGGAACUGGUCACGUUGACCGGAAUCGGUCCCAAAGUGGCCGACUGUAUCUGUUUGAUGUCGUUGGGCCACCUGCAGGCGAUUCCGGUCGAUACGCACGUGUUUCAGAUUGCACGAAACUAUCUGCCCCAUCUGGCCAAGUGUAAAACCGUUUCCGCAAAGAUGUACGGUGAGAUUGGGGACAAGUUCCGCGAGAUCUACGGAGAGAAGGCGGGAUGGGCACAGACGGUGUUGUUCUGUGCCGAUUUGCGACAGUUCAAGGAGAAGUCAGCAGGUGAGUAUAAUACCGUGGAAUCGAAAAAUGGAAAAUCAAAUGGCAAAGUAAAACGGUAGAUACGUACCUUUGAAGGGGAAUAACAUGUUUACAUUUCUUGUCAUUCACAAUUCA